AAAAAGUGUUAAACCUAAAUUUUUCAGUUUCAAACUGAACAACAACAAAACACGAAUAAACCGCUCUUUCAAUUCAACAUAGGAGAAAAAACAACGUUGUUGUUGUUGUGCUUGCGGCGUCUCACAUAACUAAUUAAUGUCACAACACUCCAACAUACAACGUUGUUGACUCAAACCAAACCACACAUCUCCAACACCAUCAACAUGAACACCAAGAAGUGUUCAGCUGCAAUACUUUAUCACUACCCUUGUCCUGACGGCGUUUUUGCCGCUCUCGCCGCACAUCUCUACUUCAAAGCCACUUCCUUAUUCUCUCCUCUCUUCUUUCCCAACACUGUCUAUUCUCCUCUCAGAGUUGAAGACCUUCCAUUGAAUGACAUUACUGAUCUUUAUCUUCUAGAUUUCGUUGGCCCACCUGGAUUUGUUCAUGAAAUCUCCACUAAAGUUCCAAGAGUGAUUGUUUUGGACCAUCACAAAACUGCACUUGAGAGCCUUUGUAGUGAUGAUACUUCACUUGGUGAGAAUGUGACCAAGGUUAUUGACAUGGAGAGAAGCGGGGCUACUAUUGCUUUUGAUUACUUCAAAGAUAAGCUUGUGAAUCCUGAUGCUGGUGUUGUGGUGAAGCAACCUUCGGUGAUUGGUGAGUUCGAGCGUGCGAGGCAACUUUUUAAGUACAUUGAAGACGUGGAUCUUUGGAGGUGGAGACUUGAGAAUAGCAAAGCUUUUAGCAGUGGUUUGAAGGAUUUGAACAUUGAGUUUGAUGCCCGGAUAAACCCUUCCUUGUUCGACCAGUUGCUUUCAUUGGACUUGGAUGCUGUUAUUAGUCAAGGCACGGUGAGCUUGUCACAUAAGCAAAAAUUAAUCGACGAUUGUCUCAGCAAUUCAUAUGAAAUUUCCCUUGGAAACGGUGCAUAUGGUCACUGCCUGGCGGUUUAUGCAGAUGCUGCACUUUCCGAGUUAAGGAGUGAACUAGGACACCAGUUAGCUACUAAAAGCCAGAAAUUGAAAUUGAGGGGUAUUGGAGCUGUUGUAUAUAAUGUUCCAGAGCUUGAAAAUAACCAGAAGCUAAAAAUAAGUCUGAGGAGUUUGGACAAUGAAGAUACAACUCCCAUCUCUCAGGGCUUCGGAGGUGGCGGACAUCGAAAUGCUAGCUCUUUCAUGUUAAAGUCAGAAGAAUUUGAGAAGUGGAAGGUGUGAUUGGAUGUUAAUUUUCUCUUGACAUGAAAUAUCAAAGAGUUUACACUUAAUGUUAUGUAUGUUGGUCCAAUUUUGAACUAUUCAUGUAAUUUUAUUAUACAAUUCUUUCUAACUAUUUUUUGUAGUUACUAUUU